AUGGAGGAUGUAUUAGUAUUGAAAGAUUACAAAACUGUACCUGAUGUGGUCCAUGAAUAUGAACCGUCAUUAAAAUUUGGUCAUAUUCCUUUAGUCAUUGAUAACGGUUCUUACCAGUGUCGUGUGGGUUGGUCUAUAUACGAAGAACCACACCUUAUAUUCAAAAACUUGAUAGCGCGGCCCCGAAAAGAUAGAUGCAAAAAGGACGCUGAACCCCCGGUGACCCCUCCUAUUCAAAUAGGGAAUGACAUUAUCAAUAUUGAGGCUGUCAGGUUUCAGCUGAAGACACAGUUUGACAAAAAUGUUGUAACGCAUUUCGAGGCGCAGGAGCAAGUCUGUGACUACAUAUUUUCUCACCUGGGUAUAGACAGUGAAGGGUGUGUGCCGCACCCUAUUGUGAUGACUGAAGCUUUUGUGAACCCUAAUUAUUGUAGACAAUUGAUGUCAGAACUGCUUUUUGAAGGGUAUGAUGUACCAGCAGUGUCAUAUGGUGUGGAUUCCCUUUUCAGCAUGUAUAAAAAUGAGAUUGGGGAUACAGCCCUCAUUAUCAACUGUGGAUACCACACCAUUCAUAUUAUUCCAGUCAUUAGAGGCCACAUUAUAGAGGAGCAUGCCAGAAGAAUAAAUUUGGGUGGAAGUGAAAUGAUAUCAUACCUUCACAAGCUGCUUCAACUGAAGUACCCUGUCCAUGUGAAUGCCAUCACCAUGUCUAGGAUAGAAGAGAUCCUGCAUGAACACUGCUCCAUAGCCCUGGACUACCAGGAGGAAAUACGGAAGUGGGCAAGCCCUGAUUAUUAUGAGGCCAAUGUCAAAAGGAUCCAGCUGCCUUUUGUGCAGUCUACUAGUUCAUCUACAUUGACAGCUGAGCAACAGAAAGAGCGUAAGAAAGAGAUGGCUAGAAGAUUACUAGAAAUAAAUGCUAGAAAACGUGAGGAAAGAUUGGCUGAAGAUGAGGAACAGCUCAAUCAAUUAUUGGCAAUACAGGAAAUGAUAGAAGAUGGUGAUACUGAUGAGUUUAAUGAAGCAAUCAAGGGCUUUGACAUCAAAAGUUAUGAAGAUCUACAGCGGCAAAUAGCAGCAGUAAACCUGCGAAUUGAGAAGAACAAGCAGCGCAUCCUUGCAGCUGCCAACGCGGAAGAGAAUCCAGACCCGCGGCCCUCGGGCCGCAUGCAGCCGCCUUCCGACCCCGUUGCGCUGCAGGCCUGGCUGGCCGAUACGCGAGCAAAGUACCGUGACUUGGUCUCCCGUCGCGAAGCCCGCCGCGCCCGACGCGCUGCCAUGCUCAAGCGACGCACGGCGGCCGCAGCUGAGCGAAUGCGCGUCAUCUCACGCCUAGCCGCCGCCGGAGAUGAGUUCGGAAACCAAGACUCUGACUGGGAUGCCUAUAAAAGUAUUAGUCGCGAUGCGGAUUCAGACUCGGAGGCGGACGGCGAGAGGCUCGUGGAGCUUGAGGAGGCGCUUCGUGAGUACGAGCCGCAGACCUCCUCCCACCAGCACCAUCAGCUGCACCUUGCCAUUGAACCAUUCAGAGCCCCAGAGCUGAUGUUCCAGCCGUCUAUGAUGGGCAACUUGGAAGCCGGACUUGCGGAAAGCAUGGAAUAUGUGUUCAAGCACUUCACUCCAGAAGAUCAGUUGCUAUUGGCCAAUAACGUCUUUCUCACUGGUGGAUGUUCCCAAUUCCCAGGGUUGAAGGAAAGACUAGAAAGGGAGCUGUUAGAAAUGCGUCCAUUCCAAUCCACUCACAAAGUUGUCAUGGCCAGUAACCCUAGCCUCGACACGUGGUACGGAGCGCGAGACUUCGCGGGCAGCAGCCAGUUCGAAGACUGGUGCAUCACCAAGGAAGACUACUACGAAAUGGGCGGCGAAUACUUGAAGGAACACCACGCGAGUAACAAGUAUUAUAAGAGUCCGGCGCCUAUUGUAGAUACUACGUUAGCGCCCGCUGGCGACGCCAAUGUUGUGAAAGAAGAAAUAGUAGUGGAUUGUUAGAGGUAACGAAUAAAGUAGUAUUUAAGUA